AUGACGACUUCCAUAUCGAACGAUAAAUAUCCAUACGAGAACGAUCUCAUGGAUCACGAAUCCUUGAACGAAACAAUCAAGGACGAUGGCACACAAACAUCGGGCAUCCCUCGACAAUCAUGGGCCGAAUUUCUCAUGGGAAACAUUUACGCUAAGGACGAUCCUUACGAUUUUUCGCGAGCCCGGAAAGCCAUGAUCAUUAUGACCGUUUCCUUGUGCGGUAUCAGUGGUCCCCUCAGUAGCAUGAUCUAUAUGCCCGGUUUAUUGUCGGUUGCAGCAGACCUCCACACAUCCUUGGCAGCAGUCAAUGGCACCGUAUCAGCAUUCGUCGUAUUUAUGGGCAUCGCACCAUUAUUCUGGGCGAGCCUUAGCGAUCACUACGGUCGAAAAAGAAUGUAUCUUAUUAGUAUCGUGUUGAAUAUUGUAGCCUCGGUCAUAUGCGCGAAUUCGCGCAAUAUUGCCAUGUUGAUUGUUUUCCGCGCUGUGCAGGCGUGCGGAUCCAGUGCUGGUCAAUCGUUAGGUGCCGGGGUGAUCGCAGAUACGAUUCAUGUCGCCGAUCGAGGCAAAGCCUAUGGUUUCUUUUACAUCGGCCCUCUCAUUGGCCCCGUCAUCGGUCCCACCAUCGGAGGUGCUUUGUGUCAGUAUCUUGGAUGGCGAUCUACCUUUUAUUUUCUAGCCAUCCUUGGUGGGGUAUUGUUGGUCAUGGUGGCGUUUCUUUUACCCGAAACCCUACGCAUCAAAGAUUCCACAAGCAGUCAACAACCCCAUGUGCGAACCUCAACUUUACACAUGUUACGGCGUGCAUUCGGUCCUAUGGCCAGUAUGUGCAAGGAUCCAACGGUCAUUAACCCGACCAUCACCGAUACUUUCCAGUCACUCUAUGGCUACGACGAGUCUCAAGUGGGAUUGUGCUAUCUUGCCUUUGGCAUAGGCUUGAUGGUUGGAUCCGUCGUAAGUGGACAACAUGCUGACUAUGUGGUUCGUCGACUGCGGGAAAAGACAAAAGACUGUGUCCAGCCGGAGAUGCGACUGCGUGCAUCCACGCCUUCGUUUAUUCUGAUUCCUGCAGGUUACCUGAUUUAUGGCUGGACCACCGAAAAGGGUAUUGGUGUAUAUGCACCGUUGAUCGGUUUAUUUGUCUACGCUCUCGGGCAGAUGUGGGCCUUCACUCCUACCUCGGUCUACCUGGUGGAUUCGAAACCAGGUCGUUCUGCUUCGGCAGUUGCUAUCAACAACUGCGUUCGUUCAGUUGCUGCAGCCAUUGCUACACUUUUUUCUUCCCAAGCACUUCACGCUGCUGGACCAGGCAUCCUUUAUACUAUCAUUGCCGCUAUCAAUGUCGCCAAUAUCGCGCUAAUUGUCCUUGUGAUGGUCUUUGGUCAACGAUGGCGCACACGCUAUGAACACAAAUCACAUACUGCGGGUCCCAACAUGGAAGAUGAAAAGUUGAACAGCAGCACUAAGCAUCAUUCCGCGACAUUGGAUCGUGUAGAUACCCAUCAAAGUCUCGUUUGA